AUGGCCGCUAUUUCUGUGCCACUGCAACCUUGCAAGCAAGGUUGUGUUAUGGAGAUUAAUGCAGAGCAUGAUAGAGAUAAUAGUCCUUUGCUAAAUGAGAAUGAAGAAAUUGAAGAACCUAAGCAGGGAAUCAUUUUUAGUUCGAAGGAAGAUAUUUAUGCAUACUAUAAGAGAUAUGCCAAUCAAAUAGGAUUCUCUGUAGCUCUUAGAUCACAACAUGUGGGGGUCAAUGGAGAGUUAAAAUACUUUGUAAUUGAAUGUUCUCGGGCAGGGAAGAAGAAAAGUAAAUCUGAGCUAAAUCCAUUGAAGCCAUCUCUAUCUGCAAAAGUGGAUUGUAAAGCACGAUUGAGGGCAAUCUUACAAAAGGAUGAGACAUUCAUGAUAAGUAAAGUAGUUCUUGAGCAUAAUCAUGAAUUGAUCUCAAGUGACAUUAGGCACUUCAAAUGUAAUAAGAGAAUUAACACUCCUACAAAGAGAAGAUUGGAAUUAAAUGAUCAAGCAGGGAUUGGUGUUUCCAGAAAUUUCACUUCCUUAGUUGUUGAAGCAGGGGGGUAUGAUCACUUGUCUUUUGAUGAAAAAGAUUGCCGCAAUUAUAUUGAGAAAGCACGAAGAUUGAGACUUGGGGAAGGUGAUGCCGAAUCAAUCAGAAACUAUUUUUUGAGAAUGCAAAGAGAAAAUUCCAACUUUUUUUACAUAAUAGACUUUGAUGAUAAUUGUCGCAUAAAAAAUCUAUUUUGGGCUGAUUCACGGAGUAGAUCAAGUUAUGAAGUGUUUGGAGAUGUUGUUUCUUUUGAUACGACUUAUCUCACAAACAAAUACGAUAUGUCGUUUGCCCCUUUCGUAGGAGUUAAUCACCAUGGACAGUCGAUUUUAUUGGGGUGUGGCUUGUUAUCAAGUGAGGACACCGACACAUUUGUUUGGUUGUUCAAGUCAUGGUUAGCUUGCAUGUUUGGUCGUCCUCCAAUGCAAAGCUAUGCAAAAUGCUAUUGA